UCAGUCAGGUGACAGGAGCAGAUCACGCAGCACCAACAGGGCAAUCAGAGCAUCUGGGGCAGCCAGUGUGAGUUUGUGACAUGCAGGUCCUGCCUGACCAACCUGAUCUCCUUCUAUGCCAAGGUGACGCUUUGGUGGAUGAGGGAGAGGCUGCGGGUGUGUCUGUCUGGACUUUGGCAGGGCCUUUGACACCAGUUUUUCGUGGAAGGGGCUGGAGUCACCAUCCCUGGAGGGAUUUAAGAGCUGUGUAGAAGUGGCACUUGGGGACACAGAGGAUUAAUCCCACCGCUAAUGCAGCUUUUCACUCGCAAAGCGCUUUAGAGGAAGUCGCGCCAGGAGAGCGCUUGGAGAGAGAAACUGAAAGUGCUGAGCAGGAGGGAGCUGCCCUCCCGGUUCCAGCCCUCCCGGUUCCAGCCCUCCCACUGCUGCUCUACCAGCCUGUGCAGUAGGACUGGGUUUCCCAGCUUCUUGGCUCACGGGAGUAUUUCAGGGAAAAUACAAGAGCUCCGUAGCUGUGCGGCUUCUCCGGCGUGGAACCAGGGCAUUUCAGCUCUCCGCUGAAAUCCAGGAGGAGCAGCCUGGCAGCAUCCCCGGCACCAAACCGCGGUAGCUGUUCAAGCAGAUACAUUGGGUUUGCGUGGCUUGGCUGCACUGCGGCGCCCGUGCAGCCUACCCAUGAGCUCAGACUUCCAGCAUUACAGUUUCAGGAUGCCUAACAUCGGGUUCCAGAACCUUCCUCUCAACAUAUACAUCGUGGUUUUCGGCACAGCCAUCUUCGUCUUCAUCCUCAGUUUGCUCUUCUGUUGUUACUUAAUCAGGCUCAGGCAUCAAGCACACAAAGAGCUUUAUGCCUACAAACAGGUCAUACUCAAGGAGAAGGUGAAGGAGCUGAACCUCCAUGAGAUCUGUGCUGUGUGCCUGGAGGAGUUCAAGCCCAAGGAUGAGCUGGGGAUCUGUCCCUGCAAACAUGCCUUCCACAGGAAGUGCCUCAUCAAGUGGCUGGAGGUGCGGAAGGUGUGUCCCCUGUGUAACAUGCCGGUGCUGCAGCUGGCGCAGCUGCACGGGAAGCCGGACCCGGGCCCGCCGCAGGUGCCGCUGCCCGGCUCGCAGAACAUGGUAUAGUCCGUCCCUCCCGGGCCGGGCCCGGGCCGCGCCCGCCCGCGGCGCUCGGACACAGCCAAAGCACUUGGGCCAGCGCUGAGCGGCCCCGCACCCCGCCGGGCCGGGGCUGGGCUCGCGUCCUCCGCCAGCGCCAGCGGGGGACCCGGCGGUCUCGGCACGGCUCCUUCUUCCAGCACCUCCCUGCUCCAGCCCCGCGGCGCCGGGAAGCGGCGUGGUGGCACCCGCGACCUCCGGGAACAGCGCUGUGACCUUCGGGAACAACCGGCCCCUCCGGGAACAGCGCUGUGACCUCCGGGGAACACCCGACCUUCGGGAACACCCGACCUCCAGGAACAGCGCUGUGACCUCCGGGAACACCCGACCCCCGGGAACAGCGCUGUGACCCCCGGGAACACCCGACCCCCGGGAACAGCGCUGUGACCCCCGGGAACACCCGACCCCUCCGGGAACAGCCCCCGGGACACGGCCACGGCCCGAGCUCGGGCACGUCCCGGCCCCGGAUCGCGGGCGGACCCCGCAGAGUCGCAGCCGGUUCCCGCUCCCUCCUCUCGGCCUCCGGUCCCUUCUCCUUCGCGGUUCCCAGCAGGAAAUGGAGUCUGGCGGGUUCGGCACCUGCUGUCACCCCGGCGGUGGCUCCGUGGGGUCUCCCGGGUUCGGAUCCCCCUCCCCACCCUCCUCGGCUACCUCAGGGGCCUGGAGUCCCUGUGAGGGACCAUUGUGGCCAUGGCGUGGGGGCAGCAGGAAUCCCGGCUUUGGGAUCAUCCCCUCGCUUCUCUGGGCAGCCAGAACACCCCAAACCCUCAGCAGCUGGGGGAGCUGGGCCACCCCCCGCCUCUCCCACACAGAUUUUGGGUGUCCCCCGCCAUCCUCAGCCGCAUUCCCGGCUUGGGGAGGGGCUGUCAGUAUUACAGGGCAGCAGCUUUCCCGGGGGCGGGGCUGGGGGGCUCCUGGUGCUGCCUCCCCUCCCAAAAAACCCGGGACUGUUUAUGGAGCGUGGAGCCUCAUAGACGUGUUUGUACACUACAAAUUCUGCAGCAGAAUAUUUUUUAAAACAUUCGCUGGUUUUGGUUUUUGUUUUGUUUUUUUUUUCCUCUGUUUGUUUGGUUUUUUUGUAAGCUCUAUUUUUGUAUAUUUAAUUGCUAUUUGAAAAUUCUAAUAAUGCGUCUUUUUUGCUAAUCACACUCUUCUUAAGGAAAAACCAGGAAAGAAAAAAAAAAACAAACAAGAAAACAACCAAGAGUUUGCAUGUGAUUUGACUUGAAAUGUAAAUAAAAGCAGGUUUUGGAA